AUGACAGCUAGUAACCAGUUACUUACAAGUCAAUUGGAUCAGUUCCUCGAGAAGGUUGGGCCACCGCAAAAAGACUUCGACGACCCAACGGUACCAACAGCCACCAUCCGCGCGAAGCAGGCUGCGAAUCCCAGAACCUCGGUCCCGGGAGUCAACGUACCAAUAACCAUGGACGGUGUUGAGAAGCGACACAUUGACAUACCCGUGCGUGAUGGUAACAGUAUCCCAGCACUCCUUUACCAGCCAAAGAGCCCACCAAAUGAGGGAAGCCCAUUGAUUGUGGCAUAUCACGGCGGAGGUUGGUGCGUGGGAAAGCCAGAAAAGGAGGAAGUGAACUGCGUCAAUGCCGUUCUACGCCUGGGAGCCGUCUGUGUCAGUGUGGAUUACCGCCUCGCACCAGAGCAUCCCUUCCCAACGCCACUCAAUGACUCCUGGGAUGCUCUCAGAUGGGUCGCAUCCAACACAUCAAGUCUCCGGGCCGACCCUUCUCAAGGCUUCAUCAUCCAUGGUGAAUCCGCUGGCGGCAAUAUCGCGCUUGUCCUGGCGUUACUUGCACACAGUGAGAAGCUUGAUCCGCCACUCACCGGCAUCUCUGCCUCCAUCCCAAUGCUUGGCCUCUCGCCGGACGCGGUACCGGAAAAGCUGAGGGCGAAGGUUCAGAGUUAUGAGCAGAAUCGAGAUGCACCGGCAAUGGAUACCCAGGCUGUGCGGUACUUUGUUGAGAACUACGAUCCGGAUAUAUCGUCACCGGUCUUGAGUCCGUUUAAUUGGAAGACGGGCCAUCGAGACUUGCCCCCUGUGUUCUUCCAAGUUUGUGGUCUGGAUCCGCUUCGCGACGAAGCUUUGUUAUACGAAAAACUUCUCAGAGAAGGUGGGGUUCGCACCAAAUUGGAAAUUUAUCCCGGCGUGCCUCAUGCCUUUUGGGCGUUCUUUCCCGAUCUGAUUCUUUCUAGAAGGGCGGUUGAGAAGACGGCAGAAGGAUUUGUAUGGCUGCUGAGUGGGGGACUGGAAUAG